CCCGUGUCUAUCACUCAAGACAUCCAUCCAUCCAUCCAAUCAAUCAAUCAAUCAAUCAACUCCCCCCUGUUGAUGCACUGCAUCUCGCUCUGGCCGCCCCUUCCGGCUCAUGAGCAUUAUUCAUUUUCUGCAGCACCAUGAGGCAGGCCGCCGCGACAAUCAGCGCCGCACCACACACACUCCACCCAUCCAACGGGCGGCCCAACACGCACACCUGCACGCACACACGUUGAGUCGAGGGAGAGAGAAAGUGAGAGACCGACAGGAACCAUUGAUUCACUACACUAACACACAUUGAACCCACUUGUAGGAUAUAGGCGAGGGCCACAUCCAAGUUGCUCACGAACGCUGCCACUCACACAACAACACUCACACGCAUCCCAUCCAGCCACCAGACGUCUCUCUCCUGCCCACUGACCUCCUGGCCCGGCCUUCUCGAUUUGCAGCCCGCGAUUGAGACACCAGUGCGCGGCGAAUCCCAAGACGCCGACAGCGGCCAGCCACCCCAGCAGCGAGAGGUCUGUGUUGCUGCUGUGACGGGGAGAAGGUCGGAGUGUGGCGACGAGCACAAUGCUGGUCAGUGUCGUCGACACACUGAGGUACAAGACCAGCACCAACGCAGGCACACGUGUGCCGAUCCGACGCACCAGUGUGUACGCGGUCGCACCUACACACACACACACACACACACACACACACACACAGAGGCGUUGAUUGACGAGUCCAGUCCGCUGUAUGCCAUGGGAUGGGUGUGCCCACCUGCCAGUGCGCCAGUGAGUGCCAGCAGGACGGCAACCACACGGGAAGUGACCACAGGGGUGGCCGAAGGGACGAUGCUGUCGUGUGGGUGGAUGCCAUCGUGGUGGAAGAGGACAUCUGGCUGAGCGAUGAACACGACGCCAGCGAGAGAGCACAGAGCCGCCAAAGUGCACACGGCCGUCCACGGCUCACCCAGGACACACGAGGCAAGCUGAUUGAUUGAUGACAUCCACCCACAGCAGCACAAGCAUCAGAGUAUCAAGUUCGUUCGAGUGCAUACCCUGCCUGUGUGCUUAGCUUACCACAGCGGUGAAAAUGGGUGUGGUGAAGAAGGCAGCUGAUGCAUCCCCGAGGGGCAGCUGCGAUAUGCAGAAGAAGAACAAGCCGAUAGCACACGACCCGCACAACGCCCUGAGUGAGGACAUCAGCAAACGCACCAGAUAGAUCUACGUAAGCGCACACGACACACAGCAGCUCAGCUCAGCCAGCGCCACAAACACCGGCUGACCUGACUGACCUGGCCACAAGUAGGUGUCUGAUCUCUGGCAGUCCAAAUGGCGAUAUCCACCUCCUCUCCACCACCAUUUGCACCGCCAGACACGCGCUCCCACACACCAGCUCCGUCAGGCCCCUCGCCAGCAGCACAUAGAACACGCUCGUCUUAGCAGCCGUCACCUUGACCAGCGUAGACGAGAGGGAGAACAACACCGCCGACACGCCGCAGAGCACCAGACCCGCCGCUCGCCUGCACAGACCGCCCUCUUCGCGUUUCCCUUCCGGCAGUGGGUCGUCAUCUGACAGAUGGUUGAGGGACGACAGCUCGGUCGUCAGCUUCGAGUAGGCGGCCUCGUGGGUGAAUGCGAUGAGUCGAUGGCUGGGUACAUCAUGAUGCCCGGCGGCAGAGUGUCCAACGUUUUCCUCUGAGCCGAGUGAGGCGUCUUUUGUGCUCGCUGCUGAAGCCCCGUAGACGGUGGGAUGUACCGCAGCGCCGCUCACCAUCCCAGGGGCCAGUUCGGGUGCGCUGCGGCGCAGAGUGCCGGUUUUUCCUCAGAUCUUCAUCGAGGCCAUACUCAUGGUGCUGAAGUGUGCAGUAAGGAUGCUGGAAGAAGG